AUGCAUGAAUGCACUGUAUGCAAUAAACUCAGGAGACUGAACACAACAAAUAAUUCACCACAGUGUUCAUGUAAGAAUAAACAGCACCUAUUCCACUCAAACCACCCAGAAACCACGAUUGAAGAAUCACAAACCAUUCUGGUUCAGUUACUACCAGAAUAUCAAAUGAACACAAUUGAAAUUGUUCUACAGAAUGAAUUAUGCAAUAGAGCAGAACCUGGUGAAGUAUACGACUUCGUUGGCCAGGUUGAAAUUCAACUGAAAGGAGAGAGCUACCACACAUUUCUUGUUGCAAACAACAUAAGAAGACACAUCAGAGAAAGAGUCGAAAUCAACAAAGAGGAUUUCAUUGCAUUUUCAAAAAAGAAGAAUUUGAUGGGGAUAUUGAUCAAUAGCGUGUUUGAAAACAUAGCAGGCAAUGAACUGAUAAAGGCAGGAUUAUUGAUGGCCAUGUUUGGUGGAACUGAAAAAUACACUGGCUCAGUUGCAGUAUCAGAUAAAAUCCACGUACUGAUCAUUGGUGGAGCAGGAUUAGGAAAGACUAAAACACUCAAAGAUUCCGCUAAAGCAGUCACCAACUCAAAAUACUUUACAGGUGAAAAUGAUCAUCACUUUCUAUCCAAUAAAACAACAACAAGAAAGAAGCAACAUUCUACCAAAUGUGGAAUAAUCAAAUUGGCACAAAAUGGACUAUGUUGCAUUGAUAACCUGGAAGAAAUCAGAGAUCUGUACAAUUUGAGUGACAUUCUUCUGAAUAAUACAACAGUUGUAGCCACAACCAGAUCAAAAAACAACACCUUUGAUUCCACCAAAACCAUAAAAGAGAAUACGAAUCUGCCUACCGAUGUCCUUGAUUGCUUCAAUCUGACAUUUGUGAUCAAAGACACACUCACCACGAAAGAAAACUACGAAAUCAGUAGCAAAAUGCUAAAGAGAAUCGAAGGCAGCUUCGUUACCAACUUCAACAGCAGUUGCACCACCGAAACAACAACUAAACUGGAUAAGUUGUUCCAGAAGGCAAGAAACACUCACAGUUUCUACAAGGAAACAGAUGAAUCAGUCAAUAUCAAUUUCAUCAGGGGAUAUAUUGAAUACGCCAAAUCACAUUGCAAACCAAGGUUGUCUAGAGAAUCACAAGAGCAUCUCAUUGCCUAUGCCAGAGAGAACAAACUCACAACCAAAUCACUUGAAACCCUGAUCAAUAUCACUGAAUCAAAUGCAAAAAUGCACCUGAUGAGCACCACUGACCUAAAUUGCGCAAUGUUUGCUACCAAAAUAUUCAAAGAAACCAGCCAGACAAAGACAGUCACCAAAUCAAAGGUGAAAAUUGAAGAUGCUCUCAAAAACUACAGGGCUGAAUUCGGAACCAGAAUCAACAAGGCCGCCCUGAUAAAAAUCAUUGAGGAAACCAACGAUGAUACCAAUGUGCAUAAAAUACUAGAUAAGCUUAAUUAUAGGGGAAUAAUUAUCAGAAGAAACAAGGAGGAGUUUAAGAUUGAUUUGUAG